CUUCAUUCAAACCUAUCUCUUCUGCUUCUCUCCGGUUUGCAUCUUCUUGACACGCACGAACACGCACACAGACACUCGCGCAUACUUCACAGUACACAACCCAUCUUCCCGAACCUCACCUGAUUCAUCACACCACCAUAUUGUGCGUGCGAUUCCUCUCGUCCCGAACAGAUUAUCCUCAUUUCCGGUUUGCGCAUGAUGGCAUCGUCGCUGCAACAAUUUGUGCAUGACAAGUUGAUCUACGCAACGGCUUACCUGCAAGGGCGGUUUUACGCGCUUCCGCGCGGCCCAUCCGAUGUUUAUGGGCUGUUCGUCUCGAAGCUUACCAGCCUAAUCGCCCUACCUCUACCACUCCUGAGCUUCCUGGUCGUCCCUUUCUACGGCGGAUCUUCGACUACCGUUAGCUUGCUCGUUUUCUACUUGACGUGGUCUGCACUUGUAAUCAGUCAUGAUCCACUGACAAUAGAAAUUUAUGGGACCAUCGCGAUAAGAGGAUUGUGCUACCUGCUACCUGCGCUCGCUUUUCUCGCCUUCGAUCUUGGCCUUCCGGAUAUCAGCAAGAAUGUCAAGGCUCGCGGCAAGAGGCAACUCCCCGGGAAUCUCAGCCGACAAAGAUUGAUCAGACUGGCCACAGUAGCUGUUGGUAAUGUGAUUUUGGCUAUUCUGGUUCAGGCUGCCCUCGAGGUCGUUGUGACUCGCAUCCUCCAUCUGCGAAGCUUGAUCAAGGUUACCACAAUCUUGCCUUUGCCUUUGACCAUUGUUGUGGACAUCCUGAAGGGUCUCGCAUGCCGCAGUGCUUUGAGCUAUUUUGUCCAUCGCUACCUUCUUCACACCUUCGACUCACCACUGAAAAGUUGGCAUAAACAAUGGCAGCAUUCCGUUACGGCUCCCUUUAGUCUGCUGAGCUCCUAUGACCAUCCCAUCAACUACCUACUGCAUUCCUGGCUACCGACCUUCUUGCCUGCCUACCUGUUCCGAUGGCAUGUUCUAACGUGGCACGCUUUCUUGAUCAUAACCAGCCUGGAAGAGCUCUUCGUCUUCUCUGGCUACGCGGUACUGCCGUCGAGCAUCAUUCUUACUGGCAUGGCCCGUCGUAGCGAAGCACAUUUUGACUCUGUUCAGAAUCGUGGCCAGGUGGGCAAUUAUGGACAUCUUGGCCUGCUGGAUUUCUGUCUUGGAACAGCUUGCAAGCAUGAGGACGACAUCAUCGACGAUGUCAAGAGCGAAGCGGACAAGCAUCGGCUGCAAGACCGCAUCGAUGCUGCAGUCCAAGCCGCGCUCAGCAAACAGCACGAAAUGACGAAUUCGUCAAAUUCGCAAGGAAAACUUUCAUUCCGAAAAUCGAAAGCGAGUGGCUCACAUGAGGACGCGAAUGUCCGUGCUGAUGACACAGACGACCAUGACAACAAUAUCCAGGCAGAAGGUACGGAUUCAGGUCCGCGACGAAGUGGUCGAAGGAAAUUGUUCAAAUCGUGAUGCAGUGUACUUCGACGCGCUAUGCUUGAUUUUCAAUGAGGAACAGACAUAAUCAGAUCACGAUUCUGCUUUUUUGUUGGCCGCUUGGAUAUUUACCAAUUCCUCUGUCUGAUCUAUGUUUUUUCAAUGAAAGCAACAGGGGAGUUAGUGUGCGCCAAAGAAAUUGUAGAAUGCUGUUAAAAUUUCGAG